AUGACUCUCCUCUGGAUGAUUACGUCUUUCGUGCGUUGGCUUCGCUUGAAGCAUUAUCAAUACGAAGUCACAUUCGCUGUUUACAUGCUUACCCCGACCGAGAAAGUCAUCUUUAACACACUCCUCCUCUCCCUCCUCUCGAUGAUCUUCGCUUCCCUCUAUGCCUACCUCCCCGACCACCUCCGAGUCAUCUACGGUCAUCUCUACUACUACUGGGCCGGCGAGCGUCCCUUCAUCUCCGGCAGUCUUCCAUCGAUCAGCUCCGUCUUCCGCGACAGUGGCACCCAGAGCCUGGAGGUCAUGUACGAGACGGCCAAAAACGCCGCGGCCACGGUGACCAACACGAUUGCAGAAUUAUGA